UGUCUCUAUGGAGACAGGGAUAAACAGAUGAUAACAAAUGCUCAGCAGCCUUUAAAGCUCAUUUGAGUGUAUGGGUUGGCGUUUGAGGUGGGGCAAGGAGAGGCAGUGCAGGACAGAGACAGAGGCAGAAGGGACUUGACAUUAGCAAGAGUAGAUAUUCUUCAAGAUGGCGGAGAGCACGGACCUGGAACAGCUGAUGAGCUCUUUUAAGAAGUUUGCGAUCCACGGAGACACCAAGGCUACAGGGAAGGAGAUGAACGGGAAGAACUGGGCUAAACUGUGUAAGGACUGCAAGAUCAUCGACGGGAAGAAUGUCACCGGCACUGACGUGGAUAUCGUCUUCACUAAAGUCAAAGCAAAGACGUCCCGGGUGAUCACCUACGAGGAAUUCCAGAGAGCCCUGGAGGAGCUGGCCCCUAAGAGGUUUAAAGGUCAGAGCAAAGAGGAGGCCCUAACGUCUGUCUACAAGCUGAUAGAGGGCAAGGAGCCCACCAACGUAGGAGUCACGAAAAUGGCGAAGACAGCCGCAGUGGACAGACUGACGGACACCACCAAGUACACAGGCUCCCACAAAGAGCGCUUCGACGAGAGCGGGAAGGGGAGGGGUAAAGGCGGGCGGGAGGAGCUGGUGGAGAAAACGGGCUACGUUGGCUCCUACAAGAACGCCGGAACCUACGAGGAGAAAACCAAGGCUAAGUAGCCCACCGGGCCAGGCGGGGUGGUCAACAGGUCCAGUAGCCCACCGGGCCAGGCGGGGUGGUCAACAGGUCCUGUAGCCCACCGGGCCAGGCGGGGUGGUCAACAGGUCCUGUAGCCCACCGGGCCAGGCGGGGUGGUCAACAGGUCCUGUAGCCCACCGGGCCAGGCGUGGGUGGUCAACAGGUCCUGUAGCCCACCGGGCCAGGCGUGGUGGUCAACAGGUCCUGUAGACCACCGGGCCAGGCGUGGUGGUCAACAGGUCCUGUAGACCACCGGGCCAGGCGUGGUGGUCAACAGGUCCAGUAGCCCACCGGGCCAGGCGUGGUGGUCAACAGGUCCUGUAGCCCACCGGGCCAGGCGGGGUGGUCAACAGGUCCUGUAGCCCACCGGGCCAGGCGGGGUGGUCAACAGGUCCUGUAGCCCACCGGGCCAGGCGGGGUGGUCAACAGGUCCUGUAGCCCACCGGGCCAGGCGGGGUGGUCAACAGGUCCAGUAGACCACCGGGCCAGGCGUGGUGGUCAACAGGUCCUGUAGCCCACCGGGCCAUGCGUGGUGGUCAACAGGUCCUGUAGCCCACCGGGCCAGGCGGGGUGGUCAACAGGUCCAGUAGACCACCGGGCCAGGCGGGGUGGUCAACAGGUCCAGUAGACCACCGGGCCAGGCGUGGUGGUCAACAGGUCCAGUAGCCCACCGGGCCAGGCGGGGUGGUCAACAGGUCCUGUAGACCACCGGGCCAGGCGGGGUGGUCAACAGGUCCUGUAGACCACCGGGCCAGGCGGGGUGGUCAACAGGUCCAGUAGACCACCGGGCCAGGCGUGGGGGUCAACAGGUCCAGUAGACCACCGGACCAGGCGUGGUGGUCAACAGGUCCAGUUGCCCACCGGGCCAUGCGUGGUGGUCAACAGGUCCAGUAGACCACCGGGCCAGGCGUGGUGGUCAACAGGUCCAGUAGCCCACCGGGCCAGGCGUGGUGGUCAACAGGUCCAGUAGCCCACCGGGCCAGGCGUGGUGGUCAACAGGUCCAGUAGCCCACCGGGCCAGGCGGGGUGGUCAACAGGUCCAGUAAACCACCGGGCCAGGCGGGGUGGUCAACAGGCCCAGUAAACCACCGGGCCAGGCGUGGUGGUCAACAGGUCCAGUAGCCCACCGGGCCAGGCGGGUGGUCAACAGGUCCUGUAGCCCACCGGGCCAGGCGUGGUGAUCAACAGGUCCAGUAGCCCACCGGGCCAGGCGUGGUGGUCAACAGGUCCAGUAAACCACCGGGCCAGGCGUGGUGGUCAACAGGCCAGUAAACCACCGGGCCAGGCGUGGUGGUCAACAGGCCCAGUAGCCCACCGGGCCAGGCGUGGUGGUCAACAGGUCCAGUAGCCCACCGGGCCAGGCGUGGUGGUCAACAGGACCAGUAGCCCACCGGGCCAGGCGUGGUGGUCAACAGGUCCAGUAGCCCACCGGGCCAGGCGUGGUGGUCAACAGGUCCAGUAGCCCACCGGGCUAGGCGUGGUGGUCAACAGGACCAGUAGCCCACCGGGCCAGGCGAGGUGGUCAACAGGCCCACAACAUGGGAUGUAUCCCAAAUGACAUCCUACUCUAUAUAGUCCACUACUUUAACCAGAGCACUAUGGGUCCUGCUAUAAAGUUGUGCACUAUAUAGGGAAUAAAGUACCAUUUGAGACACUUCCAGGGUCACUAUCCCCUAGCCCCCCCUCCCCCCUUACAGUCGGGACCAAACCCUGAACCCCGAACUCUGACCUUUGACCCCUAACCACAGGCUCAACCCCAGGCCCUGUCGACAGAGGCUGUUCCUCUCUUAUCUUUGAUAUGUUCUGAGGGUGUGUGUGUGUGUGUGUGUGUGUGUGUGUGUGUGUGUGUGUGUGUGUGUGUGUGUGUGUGUGUGUGUGUGUGUGUGUGUGUGUGUGUGUGUGUGUGUGUGUGUGUGUGUGUUGUAAUUGGGGAUGAUGAGAGAGCAUGCUUUUUACUCUGAGGAUGUUAUAGUUAGAGAGCUUGUGUGAGGUGAUGUCCUUAAACAGAGAUAUAUGAACGAUGUGUGUUUACACAUGACUCGAUCAGAAUGCUCUGUUCACUGUCACACCUGGCCUGCCCUGAGACUGUACAUAGACCUGUGAUAUAGCAUACCUUUCUUUACCUUGGAUUUGUUUUUAACAUGUUGAGUUGGACUGUGACAUACUGAUGCAAGAGUUGAUCUGGAAUUUAACGAAACAUCCACCGUAAAGUAAAAACGUCAGCGUCAAGAUCGCGAUUAGACAACAACAAAAAAAUACAUUCUGGUAAAAUAAUCUGACAUUGUACCGCGUUCCACAGGCUUCAAACCAUGAACGGCCUCUUUGAUUUUGAAUUCAGUUCACUUUCUUACAGUAUAUUUCAUCUUUCUUACAGUAUAUUUCAUAUUUCUUACAGUACAAAACAUCUCUCAAACUCAUAGUUUCAGGGUUACGUCUUUAAGACUUGUUUUAGAACUAGCUAGCUUUUUAUUCUGACACUGUUUCUUUAACGCUCGUUGCUUUCAAAACGUUUCAAUUAAUUUUUCUCUGUUUUUUUGUUUGUUUUCAUUUGUUUGUUUGUAGAAACUGGUAAUGAAUAAAAAAACGGUAAUAAAGUGUUUCUCUUUA